UCGUUUACCCCAAAUCUUACUUUUCUCUCUCAAAAUAUAUAAUGCCGUAUGAACCGGUCCAUCUACUCAACUCUUCUUCUUUCUCUCUCUUUCUAUAUCUAUAAUCUAUCAAUCCAUCCUUUUCAUUCUUUCCAUCCUUUAUUUCUUUCCUUUUCUUCCUUUCCUUCUCUCUCUCUCGCUCUCUAGGGUUCUGCUUUGAUUCUUCUACACCCAAAUCUCUCUCUCUCUCUCUCUCUCUCUCUCUCUCUCUCUCUUUGUCUGAGUUUAUGCUAUGACUUCCACUUCUGUGAAGAACAACAACUUGUUGCCACCGGGGUUGGUCUCCAAUCUCCAACAAGUUCUAAGCAAAAAAAACGGCGACAACAGCAACAACAACAACAAAAACAAUGAUGAUGACAAAGUUAGUAACAGUGAAGCUGAGUCAAAAGAAAGCGACAAUGUUGAACCCGCCGAGCCCUCUUAUUCCACAUCGGUUUCCGAUGCUUCUGAGGCCGUAGACACCUCCAAGCCCAUUGUUUUGGUGACCAAUGGAGAUGGGAUUGACUCCCCUGGCCUUGUGUUCCUCGUUGAAGCGCUCGUUCGUGAAGGCUUGUACAAUGUCCAUGUCUGCGCUCCGCAAUCGGACAAAUCAGUGUCAGGUCAUUCUGUGACUCUCCAAGAAACGGUUGCUGUGAGUUCCAGCGAGAUUAAUGGUUCUACAGCUUUUGAAGUUUCAGGGACUCCUGUGGAUUGUGUCUCAUUGGCAUUAUCUGGGGCAUUGUUUUCUUGGUCAAAGCCUCUUCUGGUGAUUAGUGGAAUUAAUCGGGGAUCAAGCUGUGGCCAUCACAUGUUUUACUCGGGUGUUGUUGCCGGAGCUAGAGAGGCCCUAAUUUGUGGUGUUCCAUCAUUGUCAAUAUCAUUGAACUGGAAGAAGGAUGAAAGUCAGGAAAAUGAUUUUAAGGAUGCAGUUUCUGUCUGUAUACCUUUAAUAAAUGCAGCUAUCAGAGAUAUUGAAAAAGGAGUUUUCCCCAAAAGCUGCUCCCUGAAUAUAGAGAUACCCACUUCUCCUUUGACAAACAAGGGUUUUAAAUUGACCAAGCAAAGUAUGUGGAGAUCAACUCCUAACUGGCUAGCUGUUUCAGCCAACCGGUAUCCUGCUGGACAUUUCAUGUCCAAUCAACAAAGCCUUGGCCUUCAGCUCGCACAGCUUGGCCGAGAUGCCUCUGCUGCGGGUGCGGCUCGACGUUUGAACACACAAAAGAAGCAUGUGGAAAUUGAAUCAGUUGGCGUUGCUGGAAAAUCUGAUUCCAACCGAGUGAAGAAGUACUUCCGGCUAGAGUUUCUGGAUAAGGAGCAAGAAGAGACGGAUGAGGAUCUGGAUUUCAGAGCACUUGAAAAUGGAUAUGUUGCAAUAACUCCUCUUUCUCUUUCGCCACAUAUUGAGACAGACAUUCAAACGGCUACCUCAGAUUGGAUCUCUGCUGCACUCCCUGCAGAACAAUAAAGCUUCCUCAGUCCAGCAUGAUUUAGUGUACAUUUGGAGUUCUGAUAUAUAUAAUUUUUAUGCGUCUGCAGUUAUAUGAUAGUCUAGUCAUUAAGUGAAACAAUUAAUUCUGAUUCGUGCCGUUCUUUUCAAUCAAUAUUUUUUUUCCCACCUAAUCCUUUUCUCCAUUGUUUCAGUUCUUCAUUUUCAUAUUUCUGUUCUGGAGCAAUUGCUUCAUGUAUACUUUUCGGCAUGUUUUAAAAAUGCCAAUUUGUUGUCUUGUUUUGCCUCUUUUGUUCUCUUUGGUUGGAUUUUUUUUUUUUUUUUUUGGGGGAACACGGUUGUUUUUUAACUACCAAAAUUGUGGAGUUGCUUGUAGUUGUAAUGGACGGGUUCAUUGGUCUAAUUUCUAAUCAAUCACAUAUUCGUUGA